AUGGCUUUAAUAAACUUCAAGGAAAGAAUCCACAUUUUGUUAAAGCUAAAAGAGUCGCUAAUUCCCCAGGUUGACGGAAAUUUUGUGAAGGACUGGGAAGCAGAAGCAAUGAAUUACCAAGUGACUAGCGAAAAUAUUAUAAUACACUUGAAGGACAUAUAUUUUAUAGAAGGAUUAAUUACGCCCAUUUCAGCACAGUUAACCUUUUUGAGAAUCAAUUUACAAAAUUAUGUAAAUAUGUCAGAAAAGGAAAAAGAUAAAUUUAAAAGACUGUACGUAUUGGCAGCCCUUGGAUUAAUUGCCAAACUCAAACUUAUUUUAUUUUUUUCGACUUAUAUUAACGCAAGGGAAAAUAAUCGCAGCAAGAAUUUCCCAGUUUUUAGCGAAAAUUAUUAUAACCUAGGACAGUACAACUGUGAAACCAAUUAUGAGGACAAACUCAAUUUAAUUAAUAAUGGUUGUGAACAAUGUGUAAAUAAUGACGACGAGAAAAAUAGUUCCUCUUUUAACCAUGUGGAUGAUUAUUACAGCCAGUUUCAUGCAUGCACGGAUGAUUAUAAAGAAAACGUUUUUAACAUGAUGGCCCUCAACAACAUAGUGAACUGCAACUCGCACUUGGCCAACGACAAAAAUGUCAGUGAUAGUGAAUACGUGGACAACACGAUAGGCAUUUACGACACCUGCGUCGACAUGAGCACUAAGCGCAUGAGCAGCAACCAUAUCGGCGGUAACCAUAUCGGCGGUAACCAUAUUGGCGGUAACCAUGUCGGCGGGAACCAUAUUGGUGGUAACCAUGUCGGUGGGAACCAUGUCGGUGGGAACCAUGUCGGUGGGAACCAUGUCAGCGGUAACCAUGUCGGAAUCAACCAUGUCGACGUCAACAAUGUCGGCAUCAACAAUAUCGGCGGUAACCAUAUCGGCAGCAACAAUAUCGGCAGCAACAAUAUCGGCGGUAACCAUAUCGGCAGCAACAAUAUCGGCGGUAACCAUAUCGGAAGCAACCAUGUCGGCGGUAACCAUGUCAGUGGCAGCCGAGUUGGCAGCAAUCGAAUCGGUAGUAACCACCAUAGCUGCAACAACAGCGCAGAAGAAUACCCAUCCAACGUGAUGACUCACUUUACAGUGGAUAAAAACGAAGGCCUGCAAAAUAUCCCCGCCGCCACAUCAAAGAAGAGAGCCGCGCAAAUGACACAAAGCCAAAACAAAACAGCCAACUUCCUAAAAAGCUCACACACAUUAAAUGGAAUAAAAAAUGGCAUCAACGAACACAUGCAGAGUUACAAUGAACAAAUAAAUAAUGAAGCACAACGCUUCUUGCAACAAAACCAAGACCAAAUCUCCAAGUACAUAAAUAAUAUACACCAAAGCAUUCAUUCGAACAAUGAAAAUGCAGAAUUCAACAGUCGGAAAUCAAACUUAAGCAACUAUUAUGAUUAUGAGAAUGACAGCAGUCAGGAAAAUAACAUUCUUCAAUCCUACAGUAAUAAAAUUUAUGGCUUAAGUGACAAUGUGUAUAAGAAUAGCUACUUUUUAUGA